UCUCAUCACCGUCCUAAAGAAAACAUAGAUAGAGAGAGGAGAAGAGAACUUAGCCCUAUCCAAAGCGCAAAAAUUGAGAUCAAGAAAUUAACAACCAAUAUGAGCCAACACCAGCAAGAAAGGCCUCAAGAAGAACCUAUCAAGUAUGAUGAUUUGUUUUCUAUCCAAGCAGAUACAGCCAACAAAGCGGUGGCGCCGCCGAGAGAAGCAGCAAUGAUCCAAGCAUCGGCUGUGCAAUCUGCUGCUGCUAAGAAUAUGAAUGAUGCUGCUGAGGAAGUGGGUGUCAGAGUCAAAGAAACUGAUAUGCAUGGAAGGCGUAUGAUCACUGAAUCAAUUGCUGGGCAGAUAGUUGGGCAAAAUAGCCAAAGAGUGGCGCCAACAAAUUCUCUGGGAUCAUCAGGAGCAUAUCAACAAGGUGGAAGUGGCAACGUUAGUGGUGGAAUAACAAUAGGAGAAGCACUGGAAGCCACUGCAUUAACAGCAGGACAAAAGGCUGUUGAAUGGAGUGAUGCGGCUGCAAUUCAAGCGGCAGAAGUGAGAGCCACUGGUCGCACCACCAUUAGCCCUGGUGGUGUAGCCGCUGCAGCCCAAUCGGCAGCAACCCUCAACGCGAGAGCUACAAGAGACGAGGACAAGACAAAACUGGCUGACAUACUCGCGGAUGCAACUUCGAAGUUGCCGGCGGAUAGGCCAGCAACAAGGAAAGAUGCGGAAGGGGUGACAGGUGCAGAAAUGAGGAAUGAUCCAUACCUUACUACACAUCCCGCAGGUGUAGCAGCUUCCAUAGCUGCUGCUGCCAGGCUCAAUCAGCAGAAUAAUUUCAAAUGAUCACAGCAUCUUAAUUAGGGCUUUUUUUUUUUUUUUCCUUUUAGCUUUAGUCUGCUACGAGUCCAACCUUUUGCCAGUACCUGUAAUGUUGCAAUGACAUUACAAUAACAAUGGACUCGGUAUUGUUACAUACAGCAGAGAUCUUAAAAAAAUAAAUACAUACAUAUUGAUUGUA